CAUCCUCGAUCUGGUAGCUAGCUCAAAAGGUAAAGAAGACAUCCUAGAUUUUGAGUGGUCAAGAUGAGCGUGGAGAUCCUCGACGGCAAGACGGUCCGGAGCUUCGUGGAGGACGAGGGCGCCUUCAACUCCUCCGUCGACGGCCGGUUCGCCGCGCUCGACACCAACCGCGACGGGCUGCUCUCCUACGCGGAGAUGGCCAAGGAGCUGAUGAGCCUCCGUGUUCUCGAGAAGCACUAUGGCGUCGACGAGGCCGCCAUGAGCGACGACGAGCUCGUGGAGCUGUACCACGGCCUGUUCGCGCGGUUCGACCGCGACGGCAAUGGCACGGUGGACCUGGAGGAGUUCCGGGCCGAGAUGAAGGAGGUGUUGCUCGCCGUCGCCAACGGGCUCGGCUUCCUGCCGGUGCAGAUGGUCGUCGAGGAAGGCAGCUUCCUCAAGGUGGCCGUCGACAGAGAGCUGGCCAAAGCUGCUUAAAUAUUUACCUAUCCAUCGGCGAGAAAAUUAAUUUUCAUACACCUCCGAUUGUAAUGGUUAUUCUUGUGUUCUUAAUUUGAUCGUUGUCGGCCUUUGUUCAGCUAUAGUCUUCUCAUUGUUACCCCUCUUAUAAGAGGGGUGGCAGCAAUGGACCAAAACCUAUAGGUUAUUUCAC